UCAAACCAAGACCUAGAAAAACAAAACACACAUAAAUAAUGGCUAUGAAGCUAGGUCUAGGAUUGAUCUUGCUAUUCAUAUCCUUCUCUUCUUCUUCCUCUCAAGCCCCACUAGCCCAACCUCCUGGCACCACCGGCCGUGACAUUGACUACUGGUGCAACACCACACCACACCCCGAAACCUGCAAGGUCUUCAUGAGACGCAGCUUGAAAUAUUUUUCACCGAACUGCACAGCCGAGUUUAGAACAAUGGCCGUCCAAGUAGCUAUGGAUCGAGCCCAUCGUGCUCACGGUCACUCAAUGGCUCUAGGUCACCAGUGUCGUACCAAGCACGAAAAGCUCGUAUGGAGAGACUGUUCAAAACUGUUUGACGACACGGUUUUCCAACUCAACCGAACCCUACAAGGGUUAACGACGAACAAGAAUUGUAGCGAUUUCGAUGCUCAAACUUGGCUUAGCACCGCACUAACCAAUUAUCAAACUUGUCAAAAAGGAUCGCUCGAGCUGAACGUAUCAAGCUUCAUUUCGCGUAUGGUGGCUAAUAAUGUUUCGGAGCUAAUUAGCAACAGUUUGGCCAUCAAUGCGGGUUUGCUUGGCGAGCAAGAAGCUGUAGGUGAUUGGCCGAGUUGGGUUUCGGCUGGGGAGAGAAAGUUGUUACAGUCUUCGUCGUUGGCUUUGCGUGCUAAUUACAUUGUUGCUCAAGAUGGGUCGGGAAAUUUUAGAUCUAUUCAGGAAGCAAUUAACCAUGCGGUGUCGAAGAGGAUUGGGAAUGCGAGGAUAACUAUACAUGUGAAGAGAGGUGUUUAUAGUGAGAAUGUUGAGAUUACCAACACUAUGAACAAGAUAACGUUGGUCGGAGAUGGGUUGAGAAACACGAUAAUCACAGGCAGCCGGAGUGUUGCGAAUGGGUACACAACUUACAGCUGUGCAACUUUUGGAGUUGACGGUGUUGGAUUCAUUGCUCGUGGUAUUACAUUUCGCAACACAGCUGGGCCACAAGGUGGUCAAGCUGUGGCUCUUCGAUCUGCAUCAGAUCUCUCAGUCUUUUAUUUAUGUGGAAUUGAAGGCUACCAAGACACUCUCUUCGUCCUUGCUCAACGACAGUUCUUCAAAUCUUGCUACAUAUAUGGCACUGUCGAUUUCAUCUUUGGGAAUGCUGCAGUAGUGUUUCAAAAUUGCAUUAUCUACGUAAGAAAGCCCUUACGGGGCCAACCGAACGUAAUAACUGCUCAAGGAAGAGGUGACCCUUUCCAAAACACUGGCAUUUCAAUCCAUAACUCACGUGUCAUGGCCGCUACUGACCUUAGCCCUGUGGUUAGGUCAUUCAACACGUACUUGGGACGACCAUGGCAACAAUACUCUCGAACUAUUUUCCUUAAAACCUAUCUUGGUAGUUUGGUGAAUCCGGUGGGUUGGAUGGCAUGGGAAAACACUAAUUUCGCUCAGAGUACUUUGUAUUAUGGAGAAUAUAAGAAUCUUGGGCCAGGUUCUUCCACAAGAAACAGAGUAAAAUGGCCAGGUUAUCAUGUUAUAAGAAGUGCAAAUGUUGCAUCGCAAUUCACUGUUACAAACUUGAUUGCUGGUCGGGCAUGGUUGCCAGCCACCGGAGUGCCAUUUGUUGCUGGUCUGUGAUCAUGUCUUUUAAUAUGUUCGAUCAUGUGUUUAUACACAAUUAUUUUGUUAAAUAUAUUGCUUAAUUAUCA